AUGCCUCCGUUACUGGGAUCUAUAUCAUCGUUACCGACCACUUCAGAGAGCAAAUAUGAGCAGUACUUCCUUUCCAAGGCAGAACCGAGGCCGUCGGUACUGACAAGGCGGCAAGUUGGUGGCGCCUUGAUAUCAAUCGGAAUUCUAGGCUUUCUGCUGAAAAUCUUGAUAUGGAACCGACCUGUUACCUAUUAUGACAGAGCCAGUGACCCGCUUCUUCUACAGUUUGUCUACACCUCACCGGCAGCACGACGUCUUCCUCGAUCCGGUCAAUUGUUUUGUUGGGUUCAAACGGCGAAGAUCUAUCACGAUACUAGACCAUUAACGAGACGUGGCUGUCGCGAUGUGAUCAUGGACAACUGUUUACUGGAGAUUUCUUCUCAUCCAAUGAUAUUCCCUUAUUCAACUGUCUUUGCUGGUAUCCCUGACUCCUACUACAAUCUAUUCUUCAAGAGUCGUUACGCUUUUUUCUACAUCUAUCACUAUAUUUCUAAGGAUUUCGACUGGUAUAUGAAGGAGAAAAACGGUUACAACGCCGGUGAGCCGUUACGUGUUGCCAGAGCCGCUGUGAAGAUAUUUAAUGAGAUGCUUUACGACAAUGAGACUCUCUGCCCAGACGAUAUCUACGAGGAUGUCGGAAUUGGCAGAUGUUUGGCAAGUGUUGGAAUUUUUCCCCACGACACUCGGAACAGUCGCGGACAGAAUCGCUUCAACACGCAUACACCUAGCGACGUCUUUCACGCCACGCAAAACAACCCGACGUGGACGUAUUUCAAAGCCAAAAAGGGAUACGAGGCGUUUGCAAGCGACUUCAUCAGUUUUCAUCACUUAACACCAGAUGAAAUCCGACUGUUCGACAUUCUGCUCUACAGGACAAACCGGCCGCCUUCAAAUCGUUCCCACAAACUGUCUUAA